AGAGCAAUGUUGUCAUGCCUGCUGACGAGCUGCGCUAGUCACUCUGCCAUGGCGGCCGUAAUGUCGCUGAUCAAGGAGGGUACAUCGUAACGUCUUGUUUGAAUUCGCUUUUUAGGUUGACGGGUACCGCGCGUGUUUCGUUGCUCUUGGUUUGAAUUUAACAGCAUUUAUCUCCGAAGCGGCCAUGACCGUGGAGCAGAAUGUCCUCCAGCAGCAUUCUCAGAAGCACCAGCAGACACUACUAAACCAGCUGAGAGAGGUCACAGGCACCACAGACAUUCAGCUGCUUCAGCAGGCCCUGCAGGUGAGCAAUGGAGACGUGGCUGAGGCGGUGGCGUUUUUAACAGAGAAGAACUCAAAGGUUCCUCAGCAAGAUGAGACGACCUACUACCAGACUUCCCAGGUGGCCAGCGACAGAUAUAUCAGCGUUGGCAGCCAGGCAGACACAAAUGUAAUUGACCUGACGGGGGACGAUAAAGAUGACCUGCAGAGGGCGAUUGCCCUCAGCCUGGAGGAGUCCAGCAGGGCGUUUAGGGAGACGGGCAUCACUGAUGAGGAGCAGGCCAUCAGCAGGGUUUUGGAGGCCAGCAUAGCAGAGAACAAGGCGAGUCUAAAGCGUACCCACACAGAAGUAUGGAGCGACUCGCCCAACCCACAUGACAGAAAGAGGAUAGAUAGCUGCCCAGUGGGUCUAAAGAACGUCGGCAAUACCUGCUGGUUCAGUGCUGUCAUACAGUCUCUGUUCAACUUGCUGGAGUUCCAGAGGCUGGUUCUCAACUACUCGCCACCCGCCAGAGUCCUUGAUCUGCCACGCAACCAGAAGGAGCACAGAAAUCUGCCCUUUAUGCAAGAGCUAAGGAACCUGUUCUCGCUCAUGGUGGGCUCCAAGAGGAAAUACGUGGAUCCGUCCCGGGCAGUGGAGAUCCUCAAAGACGCCUUCAAAUCCAGUGAGUCACAGCAGCAGGAUGUAAGCGAGUUCACCCACAAGCUGCUCGACUGGCUGGAGGACGCCUUCCAGAUGAAGGCUGAGGAAGACAGCGUGGGAGAGAAGCCAAAGAACCCGAUGGUGGAGCUUUUCUAUGGCCGCUUCCUCGCUGUGGGUGUGUUAGAAGGGAAAAAGUUUGAGAACACAGAGAUGUUUGGCCAGUACCCCCUGCAGGUGAACGGCUUCAAGGACCUCCAUGAAUGUCUGGAGGCAGCAAUGGUGGAGGGGGAGAUCGAGUCCCUGCACUCAGCAGAGAACUCUGCCAGAUCUGGUCAGGAGCACUGGUUCACAGAGCUCCCUCCCGUGUUGACCUUUGAACUGUCGAGAUUUGAGUUCAAUCAGGCAUUAGGACGACCUGAGAAGAUCCACAACAAGCUGGAGUUUCCCUCCAUGCUCUACAUGGACAGAUACAUGGACAGAAACAGGGAAAUAACCAGAAUCAAGAGGGAGGAGAUCAGGCGGCUGAAGGAGCAUCUGACGGUGCUGCAGCAGCGCCUGGAGAGAUAUCUGAGUUACGGUUCAGGCCCCAAGAGGUUUCCUCUGGCAGAUGUCCUCCAGUAUGCCAUGGAGUUCGCCUCCAGUAAGCCAGUGUGCACCUCCCCAGUGGAGGACAUAGACACAUCAGCCCCCCCUGGUGGCACGACAGGGCAACAGUUACCACCACCGAGCAGCACAGCUGAGCCGGACUCUGUCCCGCCCCCGGAGAAUUCGGGUCCUGCUUCUGCUCCCGCCGCGGCGCCCCUUGCAGCCCAGCAGCAGAGAGUUCCUGUUCACAAGCCCUUCACCCAGUCGCGGCUGCCGCCCGACCUCCCCAUGCACCCCGCCCCACGCCACAUCACAGAAGAAGAGCUAAGGGUGCUGGAGGGCUGCUUACACCGCUGGAGGAGCGAGGUGGAGAACGACACCCGCGAUCUACAAGGCAGUAUAACCAGAAUCCACAGAACCAUUGAACUUAUGUACUCGGACAAAUCUAUGAUGCAGGUUCCAUACCGGCUUCAUGCAGUGCUGGUCCAUGAAGGCCAGGCUAACGCCGGCCACUACUGGGCCUACAUUUAUGACCCUCACCAGCGCUGCUGGAUGAAGUACAACGACAUCUCGGUCACCAAGUCGUCCUGGGAGGAGCUGGUCAGGGACUCAUUUGGAGGUUACCGCAACGCCAGUGCCUACUGCCUCAUGUACAUUAAUGACAAGAAGCCAUUCCUCAUAGAAGAGGAGUUCGAUAAAGAGACAGGCCAGAUCCUGAGCGGCAUGGACAAGCUGCCUCCUGACCUGAAGCAGUACGUGAAGGAGGAUAACGAGCAGUUCGACAAGGAGAUCGAAGAGUGGGACGCCAUGCAGGCCCGCAAGGCCCAGCAGGAGAAGCUGGCUCUGGCUGCAGCAGCUGCGUCUGCAGCACCGUCCAGCACUUCCACCUCCACUUCUUCUCCACAACCCAUGAGCAUUGAAUCCAGCCCUCCAGAUAAUUCUGUAGCCCAGCAGGAUCCGGAGUACCUGGAGCAGCCGUCGCCCACAGGCGACUUCAAGCACCUACAGGAGGACACAGAGAGGGCCAUAAGCAGAGCGGCUGCAGAGCAGGAGGACAGGAGCCCUGAGGUCCUGCUGAACACUUCAGCCCCCCCUCCCUCGACCCUUCAGCCCGAGGCCCAGAUGAGCCCCGCCCCUCCCUCUGACCAGGUUAAAGAGGCUGAGGCCCCUUGCCAGCGCACCGUAGAGGUGGCCAUUCCUCACGUGGGCACCUUUGUCAUUGAAUCAGAGGAGGGGGGUUAUGAUGACGAGAUAAUGAUGACCCCCAACAUGCAGGGUAUUAUUAUGGCCAUUGGCAAAUCCAGCAGCAUUUAUGAAAAGAACGGGCCUGAGGCAGCCUUUUUUAAGGCCAUCAAGCUGGAAUACGCCCGUCUCCUACGGUUUGCCCAGGAAGACACGCCGCCUGAGUUGGACUACAGGCUACACCAUGUCAUCGUCUACUUCAUCCAAAACGAGGCGCCCAAAAAGAUCCUGGAGAGGACUCUGCUCACACAGUUUGCUGACAGGAACCUUGCCUUUGAUGAGAGAUGUAAGAGCAUUAUGCAAGUGGCGCGCGCUAAACUGGACCUGAUUAAGCCCGAGGAGGUCAACAUGGAUGAAUAUGAGAUGUGGCAUCAAGACUACAGGAAUUUCCGAGAGACAACUGUGCUGAUGGUGACUGGUUUGGAGCUGUUCCAGAAGUCAAACUACGUGGAGGCCCUGAUGUACCUCAUCUACUCGUACCAGUACAACAGGGAGCUGCUGUUGAAAGGCCUGUACCGCGGACACGACGAGGAGCUGCUGGGUUAUCACCGCAGAGAGUGUCUGCUGAAACUGAACGAGCAAGCGGCUGCCAUGUUUGAGUCUGGAGAGGAGCCGGAGGUGAGCACAGGCCUCGGCAUUAUGAACGAGCUGGUGGUGCCGUGCAUCCCCCUGCUGCUGGCGCAGGAGGCCGAGAAGGACCUGCUCGCUGUGGAGGACAUGAGGAACCGCUGGUGCUCCUACCUGGGCCAGGAGAUGGAAGCCAACCUCCAGGAGAAGCUCACCGACUUCCUGCCCAAGCUGCUGGACUGCUCCACGGAGAUCAAAAGCUUCCACGACCCCCCCAAGCUGCCCAGCUACUCCACCCUGGAGCUGUGCGAGCGCUUCGGCCGCAUCAUGGCCGCCGUCGGCCGGGCGCCCGGCGAGGGGAGAUGAGCUCGGGACGCGCCGCGCCGCCUCUCCCUCACGGACCUCCAUCAACCCACGCCUUCCUUCUCAGUCCAGGGGUCGCCGCUUGCUUCUCGCCGUUAUUCUUCUGUUACUCUUUAUUACAUAUUUUUUUGCUGCUAUAGGUUUUAUCAUCCUAAAUAUUAUUUCCACACUUCUCUUUAAAACAGAACAGUCGAAGAAGGAUGAGGCGGGGAGGGAAAACAGUAUUGUGAGAAGAGUUGAAAGCAAUCACAUUGUGCUUCAGCUUUGCAACAUAAGAAAAAAAAAACAAGAAGCUUCGAGGUUUUUCAUAGUUAAUAUUGUCGUUGCUGUUUGAUUCAAGCUUCCGUAGCCACACUAAUAAUCCUUUCUGAAACCCCCCACCCCCCGCC